AUGAAUGUUAAAUUUUAUUUGAUUGUAUUUUUUUUGUUAUAUCUACAAAAAUGCACCAUGAAAACAAAAGAAAAUUUGAAUACGGAAACACAAAAUACUUCUAGCACUUUACAGAUCCAAUCUGAUAUUUAUGAACGAAAACUUAGAAUAUUUUGUAAAGUGGAAUCUAGAAUUGUUUAUUUAGUAUCAUUUGCACUCAUCAGUAUAGUUGCAUCAUUUCUUCUUGGAUUUUCAAUAUACAAAAAAGUAUUUCUAUGUGCAUAUUUAGCUAGUGUCGUCUUGAUAGUUGAUGGCAUAUUAUUAGCUAUCUAUUAUUUCUUACUAAAAUAUUGGGGAAGUAAGGUAAUAAAAAGUUCUUGGGUCUAA